UCUUUUCCAUAUGUUUCUUCCCUAGAGAGUGAUAUAUAAAGGGAGAUUAGGCAGAUAUCUUCGGAGUAGAUUAUCGCCAUUGAUACAGGAACGAAGAUGGGCAGUGAUUACUUCCAUGCUAUUCCCCACCAUCUCUUCACAUUCUCUUACAUAUACAGACGCCAGUUUCUACUCUUCACUUAACUACCAAACCAACACCGUGUACUGUAUAUUAUCAAUGAUGGUGUAUAUAUAUUUAUAUCUUUCACACGUUUAAAACAACACCAAAAAAAUGACGGAGUUGAGCGACAUCCCCGAGGAAGUUCUACGGAUCAUCUUCCGAAAAUUGGACGGCACCACGCUUUUCCGUAUGGGUCAAGUUUGUAAGUACUGGUACCGAAUUGUUUACGAAUUAACGCAGGACGUCAGCAUGUGGUGCUCAUUUUGUUUGUAUGAAAUUCCCACCCCUGCUCUCGAACAAAUGACCGGUUUGGUAGACGUGGACAACCUGCUGGAGUGCGACUCCCGUAUGAGGGACAAAAUACUCAGUGUGCGCUUGCCCUGGCAAUACUGGCGUGAGGUUUACAUCGCUUAUUGUCGCAGCCGAUGUCUUCGUCAAUGGCACUGCCUUCGUCGAACCGUCAAACAGUCGAAGUUCCGAGGUAAACCGACAUGCGUUAAGUUCCAUGGUAAUCUGUUACUGACUGGCCAUGAGAAUGGCAGUGUGAUUUGUUGGGAGAAUGCUGGAAUGAAACAUCAGACCAAUUCCUUACUCCAUCGGCACCGAAGUGCAGUGACCGCUCUCGCUGUCCUAGAUUUUUCUAAUCUGAAAAAUGGCAAGACUACCUCCUUCACCAUUAUAUCAGGCUCAGAUGACCGAGAACUGUUGUACACUACAUACAGAUCAGAACACAGAAUGACCCGCUGCCUGUCCCAUUCAACAAUUGUAACAUCAAUCAGUUCCUGGGGAUCCAACUUUGUGACUGGAAACCAGGACACUAUACUUCACGGCCAGUGGGUAUUCACGCUUACACCAGAUUUCAACAUUGUCAGACGUUUUCACCUGCUAGGUCAUGGUUCAUCAAACAUAACAGCCACAUGUCUUUGGAAAAAUAAGGUUGCAUCUGGUGAUGAUGAGGGCAAUAUAUAUAUCUGGGAACUAACUGAGACCCACAAACGUUAUCUUUUACCCUUCAAUGUUCUCUCAUCAUCUGGACCAGUACAGCAAAUCAUACUUUGUGGUGAUCGUCUUCUGUGUUUGUCAGGGAAACAUACUCUGUCUGUCUACUCUAAUGACAAAUGCUGUGUGGAGAAAAAUAUAUUUCAUGAUCUUACAAGAACUCCAGAAUAUAUAUCUCUGUGGGGACCAAUACUUGCUGUUGGUGUCAAGGCAGGUAUCGUGUACAUUUAUCGUUUGGAAACUGACAAGGAUUGGAUAAAUAUCGAUUUGACUGCACCUCUCUACAUUCUCCACUCUGGCCAGGAACAUGUACUCAGUUUGGACAUUACAGACUCUGGACUUGGGCCCUCACUUGCCUUUGCCACUGACAACAACACCAUCCACUUAGCUCACUGGCUGCCACAGCAUUCAAAACGUGUUCGAUAGUAAAGGCUUUGCUGUUAGUGUGUAAAGGGGAAUGUGUAUGUGACAUGUCCACUCAUCUGUUUAUGUAUAUCUGGGUAUAUGUGUUAUAGGCAGGUGUUUGUAUGUACAUGCAUGCAUGUAUGUGUGUUUGUGUAUAUAUAUGUAUAUAUAUAAUGGUGUGUAUUUAAAGGCAGUUAUGUGCCUCUAUAGACAUACAUUAUCAUCAUUUUAACGUCCACUUUUAAAACAAUGAUGCUUGUCUAUAAAUACACACAUAAGUAAUUUUAGACGUGCACUGUAUAUAUACAUAUACAUACAUAUGCACAUAGUGUGUAUGUAUAUAUAUAUGUGUAUCUAAUAUUUAGAGUGUGCCAAAACUCAAAAGGUCUGACUGCAUAUUGCAGUCUAUGUGCAUAAUCUGAUUUCAGCUCUGGCACCAACUGCAUUUUUAUACUUUGUGUCUUACCAUCUAUGUGUAUGGAUCUGUGUGUGUAUAUGUAUAUAUAUAUCUAUCUAUCUAUCUGUGUGUGUGUAUAUAUAUAUAUAUAUAUAUAUAUAUAUAUAUAUCUUGAUUGGUAAGCCUGCUUGCAAACAAAAAGAGAAAAUCCAUACAGCAGACUGUGUAUAUAUUUUACUUGAAGUUGAAGCUUCAUGAAUUCUAACUCUGAGUUUCACAUUUCUGAUUACAUAAAAGAUUAAAGCAGACAAGCUGUAUGUCAUAGAAGCAAAAAUAUUGAAAUCUCAUGAGCCAACAAGAUGUUGGGAUUUAAUUAGUUGCCAGAAAAAAACAAAAAGAAAACAAAAAACAAGCAUCAUAUGUAUUUAUUCAGUGUCAUGAUAUUUUCAUGAUUUCAUUAUCAUGUAUGGGAACACAUUAGCAAAGAAAAUGGUUGCUGUUGCUGAACAUUAAAUUUUUACCAAUUUAUAGCCACUUGCUUAUGUGUUUAUAAAUAACUCUGAUGAUAUGAAUAUAUGAAAAUGUGUUCUGCUUGUGAGAAUGAUAGAUGAACGUAUAACAUGUUUUCUAACGUUAUGUUUUUUUUUCUGUUUUGUUUCUGGCAACCAAUUAAAUCCAGAUGUAGCUAGUUAAUCAUAUUUCAAAAUAUUUUUGCAUAUGUUUACUUAUAUCAUCACACUGUUUCCCUAUUGCAAUCAUUUAGUCAAUAACAUAAAACUCAGAUCAAGAUUCAAGAAACUCUGGCUUCUAAUAUCAUUGUCAUCAUUAUCAUUUUACAUUCAUUUUUCCUUGUUUUAUGGGUUGGAAGGAUCUUCUUCAGGACAGCAUCUUGCCACUUUUCUUUAUGUGGGCCAACUUUUUUCACUUGUUCUUCCUCUUCUGCAAUUUCUAUCUACUUGUAUCUCUUGGCAUUUCUUUACCUGACUGCCAUCCUCCACAUGAAUCAUACGUCCAUAUCAGUUCAAUCUUCUUUCUGGCAUACACAUCUGAUUCCCUUCAUUCUCAGCUUUUCAACCCAGCUCAUUUACAUUCCAUCAUCUGUGGACACAAACAUACAUUUAGCAGAAUGUGCUUGCCUAAUUUUUUUCAACUUUUACUUAAUCUCCUCAUUCAAUACUCAUGUUUUGCUAUCAUACAACAUUUUACUUUGUACACAUGCAGUCACCUCACUAUCUACUUUUCCAUACUUCUCCCAUUUUGGUGUCAUUGAGAGCAAAUGUGCUGCUAUUAUUACAUACACAUUUUCAUCAAAAAACAUCUUUAAAACAUCCUGAAAUAACACUCUGCAAUCUGGGCUCUCUCUUAUACCUCUGAUCCUCACAUCACAGAACAUUGGAAAACCUCUUACAUUCAACUAAAUAUGCCAAAUAUCUAUCUCCAGUUCUUAAUGUUUCUAGUUUCCAGCUUUUUUCCAUUCUUUCCAUACCUUACUCUUAGCUUUUAUGGCUCUAUUUACCAUAUUAUUUCUUCACCAAGUUACCAUCUGUAUAAUUGGAACCUUGCUUCAACCAGGAAUCAAGUUUCUGGUUCACAACACUUUGUCUUAGAGAAACUUUCAGAUAUCUUCUAUGUUAUUGGUCUCUGUUUUCUCCUUCUCAGCAUAAUUAUCAGGCAUAAACCAGUCUUUUCCUUGUAAAAAAUUACUUGUAAAGGUUAAGAGGUUUCACAUGAAUGAAUUUAUAUUACUGAAAGAAAAUGCUUUGAGAACUUUGUCAUGCAUAAAAGAAACUUAAGCAUUUUUAUCAAUAUAUGCAACUGGUUUCGAUCAUUUUUUAAAGAUUUAGUCCUGUUAGGAGAUAAAGGAAAAUAAAUCAAUUUUUCAUGAUAUCAGUUCUGGAGGUUCAUAUCUUUCUUACAAAAUCCACAUGGUGCUGCCAGUUGGUUUCUUUCUGAUGGCUGCUGUGUAGUAGUAGUGACAGUUAACCCUUUAGCAUUUAAACUGGCCAAUAUAAUCUACCUGUCCUAUGUUCAAAUAGGACAGAUCAAAUCUCUCACACCUAACCUACAAUAUCAUUCUACAAAUAGAUGCUCACAUAAUCCUACAUUAUCUCAUAGCUUUGAGAUUUUGAUGAAUUUCAAACAGUGAAUAAGCAUUGCAUUUGGCACAAUAAUCUGAAUGCUAAAAGGGUUAAAGCAGUGGAAGUUGUCCAUUAAGAAGUGGCAGCUUCAGCAAUAGUUGUUGUGGUACUGACUCUUGAAGGAGCAGUAGAAGUAGCUGUAACAUUUAUAGCAGUUUUAGUAGUUGUCUCCUUUCCUCUCCCACGGUUGUUGGUGUUUGGUUAUGAAAGUUGUUUCUUUAUCAAUGUGUUGUUUUUGUGCAGUUGUUACAUUGGUAUAAGAGGAAGACUGUAGAAUUUUCUUGUUUCUGACCUGCAUAUAUGUCUAUUAUGUUCACCGAGUUCAAUACUUUUGUAUUUUAAAUUAAAUUAAAAUACGGGAAUACAAUGUAGGCUUCAGUGAAACGACAACAUUUUACUAUCACCCCCUUAUGCAAAAUGAGCAGUUACACAAAAUUUACACAUUAAUAAAGAAACAGUUUUCAUGACCAAAAUACUGAUCACUUCUAAAUAACUGCGGGCGACAACUACUAAAAUUAUUGCUACUACAACUGUAGCUUCUACUACCGCCACAAGGGUCACUAUUGCUGAAGCUACCACUGUGGCUUCUACAAAUUAGACUGAUAGUCACUACUAUGGCUACCAGCAUAUCUGCUGCUUCUACAUUUAAGUUAUUUCUUAACAACAAAGAACAACCACUGCUCAAACUGUUAUUGCUACUACUAUGACACAGCAGGCAUUAGAAGAAAACUCACAACUAGCACCAUUUGAACACCCAGAACUGAUAUCAUGAAAGAUUAAUUUAUUUUCCUUUCUCUUUCAGCAUGACUAAAUUUUCUUUUAAAGUGAUUGAAACUGGUAGCAUAGUCUGAUGAAAAAUAUACUCUUUCCAUCAUCAAGUUCUCAAAGUAUUUUCUUUUUGGUUUUUAAUAUAUAUAUAUAUAUAUAUAUAUAUAUAUAUAUAUAUGUAAAUAUACAUAUAAAAUCAUCAGCAUAAUACAUAAAUUUAAUGUCUCUUUGUACAUUUCUGAAGUGAAUACCGGUCAAGAUGAUACCAAGCAAUCUUGCUCUGAUGGAUCAUCUACUCAGAAUCCUUAAGUCACAAAUUAUGAAUUACUUCAUAAAUACCCAUGGAAUAAUUGAUUAAUCAAUUGUCAGUCAUUCAUGAAUUAUGUCAUUAUUCAUGGAUUUUUUUUUUUUUGUUUCAAACAAUUCGUGAUUAAACAUCCAUGACUUUUUAAAAUUAUACAAAGGAUUGUUCAUAUUUAAUUACCAUUUAUUUUUUUACCAACUAAUAAAGACAAAUAUAAUAAUAAUUAUUAUUAUUAUGUUUUGAAGUUUUGCAAAACUUUUAUAUGUCACACCAUCAUCAAUAUUAUAAGUUUGUUGCUGUCAUUAGCCCUGGGUCAGCUGUAAUCAAAGUAAAUCUACAUUCAAAGAUGUUUCAGCCAAGACUACCUCUGUUUCUCUCUCCUUAAUCGUUUUAGACAUAAUGUAUCUAGGACUGCAUUAUCCACUGUCCUUCCUUCUUUGAAGGAGAUUUGGUUACAAUUUCUAGCAGGUUGAAAAACCACAAUGUCCCCCUCCAUUCCUUGGGUUUGUUUGUAAUGGUCGACACGGCUCACUUGCAAAGUCUUCUCUAUAAACAAAACAAUGUUUAUCUUAUUAUAAUUGAAAGGAGGAUUGCCAUGAAUAAGGCACAAGUAAAUCCAAAGAUACAGUGUGAUCCUUUUACAGGAUUCAAUUGUGGCCAUGCUGUAACAUUUAGUGCCAUUGUCUGAUCUAACUUAAGUGUAAAUAAUUAGACUUCAGUUACUUUUACAAUUUCCCAUCAACCAUUCUCACGUACCCCUUUCUAAUUCAGUACCUCUUGUUAGUUUGAAGUUCUCCAUUCCAUUUCAUUUACAUUGCCAUCUUCUCAGAAGUUGCAAAAGGAAAUUGGAGAAGGCUUAAAAGGAAUGAGAGGUGUUUAAAAAAAAUAUCCAUUUGUUGUUCUGCAGGAAGUUUGGGUACAUUGGUUCUCAUCUAUCUGAAUUAUCACGUUAUAUGUCUGGCCCCAAAAUAGUAUAUCUUGGGACAAUUAGAAUUGAACAUGUCACCAACAGCUGAGCUACUGGAGUGUAUCUAGAUAAUACUCUAAAUUCAACAAUAUAAUUCACAAUUGAAAGUGACUCCUAUUUCAUUUUGUGGUCUUUGACUACCAGUCUUCAAGCUACUUGAUCAUAAGGCAUAUUUAUCACUCAUAUCUGCAAAUAUUUCAUUAUUUCUUAAGAAUUUUAAUUUUUGUUUUAUCUAUUGCUUUGAUUUACAAAGUUACAAUUGAAAUGAAUCCACUGUGGUGUGGAAAAGAGCAAAUAUGUUGUACUUCACUCUAAUAAAGAUCAAAAGUUCACUCUCUGAGGCAA